AUGGAUCUUUACCAAUCAGCCGGAAUCAUCUCACGACUUAUGAGCAGUAUCGUGGAAACGAUGCGAUUACUUGGGCCAAGGAACUGCGCUAUCGCUGUCGUCGAAGGCCGAUUCGAAGACGGGACAUACGAGAUCCUGACCGCAUUGAAAGAGCGCAUCGAUGCGAUGGGCGGCAAGGAUGUAAACCGUGUCCAGACAUUGGCCGAAUUACGAAAUAUGGCGCUCCUUCCAUUGAAGUCCGUGACCUCGUCGGGAUCGAGCGAUAAACUGAGAGAAAUGUACUCGUCAGAUGCAGUCAUCAUUUUCGUGAAUGAUAUCGUGCUGUGUCCGGAAGAUAUCCUCGAAUUGGUUCUUCGAAAUCCCGCACGACGGCUCGUGGCCAUAAUCCCAGAUAUCUUUUGGAGCGAUCCAGAUGGCAGGCGGCGAUACGAAGCCAAAAAGCCUUCCCAGGUAUACUCUUGCUGGGGCGUGAUGGUAACCCUGGAUGCGGCUUCAUUCGCUGAUGACACGGGCAAGUUCCGUGCCUCGGAUCCUGGCGAGUUCUAUAUGGGUGAGCUGACGCUUUUGGCGAAGGAUUUGUAUCGCCAGGGCCUUGGGAAGGUUCUGGUCGUGCCUGCAGUUAAUGUCGCAUACUCCGAUGAGGAGGCUGUUGGUGACCAUGUUGAUCAGCCUAGACCGAGUCUGGCACGGGAUGAGAUUGUUCAAUGGCAGUCUGCGCCUCCGGCUAUGGUCAAGUGUCUUCCCAAUUUUGAUCAGCCGAGCUGGACUUCCCCGGUUUGA